GACACAUUGAACGACAUCAUUAGAUACAUAUAAAAUAUAAGAGGGACCAUUCUUCCCAGAAACUCAAAGUAUUCUAUUUCUACCCAGACACAUAUCCCAGAGUACAAGCAAUCUCCGACAACCAGGAUUUGAGGUUUAAAUUUGGGCAUUGAAGUGCGCGAGGAGUUGUAGACGCUACAGGAGUUAUAACUUUUCGUGCCCCAAUGGCUACUUCACGCAUCCUCAGAUCCAGUAUCAUUCGUAAUUAUGGACUACGUUUUAAACACACAUUGCCCCCUUUACCAUACGAACACAAUGCUUUGGAACCCUUAAUAUCAGGAGAAAUUAUGCAGUUACAUCAUUCCAAACAUCAUGCAGCAUAUGUUAAUAAUCUCAAUAUUGCUGAGGAACAGCUUGCUGAAGCUAUCUCGAAAAGUGACGUUACAAAAAUGGUAUCUCUUCAGGUCAGUCGUCGUGGUUCAAAUAUUGGUGAAAAUGAUAUAUUCUUGGGAGGAGUAUUUAUACUUAGAUAUAAGUAUUCCGUCUGAGUGUCACUUCAAAUGCUUAAUACAUAGUACCUCAUACUAUAAUAUGAAAAUAGUAGGUUUUUUCACAUUUUAAGACGUAAAUCGGUUAUGUAGACAUCCUUACACAUGACAGGUCAUUGACUUUGAAUACUUCGCUAGAAACUAUCAUUAAAUUCUAUAUAAGGGAGUUUUUUUCCCUUAAUCAAAAUGAUAAAAUCUUGCGAAUAAUGAUUUUGUAAGUUUAGUAAUAAUAACUAACUGGUACACUAAACAAUUGACACUAAUUAGUUAUAAUAUAUGAGGAUUUCUUUAGGUUAUGUGCUGGUUACUCUACACUUUUUAACCAUUUGCAAACUGAAGAACUCAGUCUUAGGAGUCUGUCUGUAGAAAAACAAUAAACCUCACACUCAAAGUUAAACUAUCACGCUAAUGCAUUGUUCCGUAAUUGACUGAAAUAUAUGAACAGUACUAAGUCUGCUAUUUUUGGUCUACUGUAUCAAGCCUAUUAGAAGUCGUGAAUUGCUUGUCUAGUUUCAAAACCUCAAUGUAUUACGGUGACCUCGUGAGGAAGGACUUGCUUCAAAAACUAUAAGCAAGCAGUAACGGAGUAAUGGGUAAUUGCAGUGUUACAUCGGCCAAGAAAUGUAAAUGUCGUAUUGGUCUUUUUCAAUUAUUCGUCCGUACUGAAAUCGGUAGAAAGUUGUUUUCCAAGUUAGGAACAAGGACUUUAGUCGAAAAAGUUCUAGUCGUAAACGUGGUUUGGCUUUGACAAAGAUGUAAGUUGAUAGUAAACUAUAGAAUGAUAUACUAGCAGCUCAUAUGUUUGGCUUAUUAAUUUAUACCUUCAUUAAAUAUAUCGUUUUGCACCUCCAAACUUACUCCCUCUCGUCCUAAAUUAUAUGUAUCAAAUCAUUCAUCUAACUCAAGUUUAUUUACUCAGCUUUGCGCCAUAAUUUUAACUGGGGAUGCUAGUCAGCUGCUUCCUUUUGUUGAUAAGCAUGACAUUUCUAAACAAUUUUAUUUGGUAGUGGACCCCGUUAAUUGUGUUAAAAUUCACUGCUUUUCCAAUAUUUUUAAAUGUUUUCUAUUAGCCAGCACUCCGUUUUAAUGGUGGAGGACAUAUCAAUCACAGCAUCUUUUGGCAUAAUCUUAGUUCUCAAGGUGGGGGUGUCCCUACGGGUAGUUUAGCUAAUGCUAUUAAUGAUGAGUUUGGGUCGUUUGAUAACUUCAAGUCAAAACUGUCUGCUGCAACAAUUGCUAUCCAGGGUUCGGGUUGGGGUUGGCUUGGAUAUAAUCCCAACACAAAGCGUUUACAAAUUGCCACAUGCGCUAAUCAAGACCCUCUUGAAGGGACUACGGGUAAAUCUUAAGAUGACUUUCACAUACGCAUAAUGCCAUUUGGUUAACUAAUAAGCUUCAGAGUGUAAGGAGUAUAGUUUUUCUGUUAUCUAACUCCUAGUUGCAAAGCUGUGGUUUAAGUUUGCGUUAAAGCUUCACCUGUACUACAGUUUGUCCAAAUAUGGUAUUUAUUGGAUUCACAAAACAACUAUGACUUAAGGUCCAUUAACCCAUAAAGAUCUGUAUUCGCAACUAAAGCACUCAAUUCUCAACUGUUAACUUUCAGUUCCCAGGUUCUCUUUACCUAUUUCAUAACGUGCAGUUGGAUGGUGUCAGAACUUAAGAAUUGAUUGUUGUCUAUGAUUGAAACUUACAAGGAUGAUCAAGUCAUUUCCAUGAUAGUAUCUUAGUUGAUAUCAUCACUAAGUAUGACGGUAAGAUUAACUCAUAGCCUUCGAAUGCUCUGAUACGGCCGAGGACAGGUAGAGUCCACUAUCCCUCUCGAAAUGCUCUCACAUAGACAUGCGUAUACAGCUGCUGCUAGGAAAGUCCUACUCACUGCCUUCUAGCAGAAGGGAUACUGUUUACAAAUUUGAGAGGACGGCGCUUUAACCGGGCUUGUGCAUACGGAGGAUCCCAGUUAGGAGAGUUGGAAAACCCUGAUUACAAACCAGUGGUGCACACGGACACCCGGAUCCUGAGGGAACAAAUAACGUACGAACCUAUUUAUGGUCACCGGCUACCAUGAGCCUGCAUCUCCUAAAGAUGCUCCACUGCUUCGUGGAUUAGGUCAAAGACUCGGGUUGUGGCCUCCUAAGAAAGCCACGUGCUUCGGUAUGGGCGCUUAAGGAGUAUCUCAGCCCUCACACAAAUCGAGUGAAGUGUGACGCAUAUGUAUUUGGUUCCCCCUUGUGCCAAGGUGUAUGUGUUUAAGUAAAUAAAUAAGGCUCUUACAAUGUAACACUACAAAAUCCUAAGAAUAAUGACAGAUAUUAUAGUGUAAACAUAAGAACAUUUUAGCGCCAUCAAUAUAUCACAGGUAAUAAUAAAGUGAAAGCGAUCUUAAACUCUUUUGUGUAGAAAUUUUUGACAAAUACUAAAAAUCUUUAUUAACACCUCUAUUCAAAGCUUAAUGUACCUAUUGAAUUUUAUUAAAAUUUAUAGGUUUGAAACCUUUACUUGGGAUUGACGUUUGGGAGCAUGCAUAUUAUCUUCAGUACAAAAAUGUACGUCCAGACUAUGUAAAGGCGAUUUGGGAUAUUAUAAAUUGGAGCGAUGUAGCUAAACGAUUCGAUCUCUGUAGGAAAUAAUUUCAUCGUACUAUCGUCUGUCAAACUCAGAACUGUCUCAUCUCCUUUUGUACGAUUUUCAGCAGUAGUUUCGUUAUAUCUUGCUAUUUGUACGUCACAUUGAUUAUUUCUCAAAAAUAAAUUCAUUUACAAGUGCUUCA